CCGACAAAAACAAUCAUUUCCAGCACAAAUACAGAGGUCUCACCAAGUUCAUCCUCUACAGUCCCUCCACUAACUACUCAUUUCACUCAAACAUAUUCUGACCAAAACAGUGAAACAACACCAACAGGAACCAGCACAACUCAUCUCCUGUUAAGUACCCUGGAAACAUCUACAACAAUGUUCUCAUCGACAGAGCAGCAAACUACAUCUAUUCCGACAGUGACACCCACAGGGAAAAUUGAAUCAACAGUGUCAACCUCAACACCCACCACAAAUGGAGAAACAAGAAUUACCAAGACUGAUGAAUCGACAACAACAAUUAAUUCCCGCACAAAUACAGAGGUCUCACCAAGUUCACCCUCUACAGUCCCUCCACUAACUACUCAUUUCACUCAAACAUCUUCUGACCAAAACAGUGAAACAACACCAACAGGAACCAGCACAACUCAUCUCCUGUUAAGUACCCUGGAAACAUCUACAACAAUGUUCUCAUCGACAGAGCAGCAAACUACAUCUUUUCCGACAGUGACAACCACAGGGAAAAUCGGAUCAACAGUGUCAACCUCAACACCCACCACAAAUGGAGAAACAAGAACUACCAAGACUGAUGAAUCGACAACAACAAUUAAUUCCCGCACAAAUACAGAGGUCUCACCAAGUUCACCCUCUACAGUCCCUCCACUAACUACUCAUUUCACUCAAACAUCUUCUGACCAAAACAGUGAAACAACACCAACAGGAACCAGCACAACUCAUCUCCCUUUAACUAACAAAGAAACAUCUACAACAAUGUCCUCCUCGAAAGAGCAACAAACUACAUCUAUUCCGACAGUGACACCCACAGGGAAAAUUGAAUCAACAGUGUCAACCUCAACACCCACCACAAAUGGAGAAACAAGAACUACCAAGACUGAUGAAUCGACAACAACAAUUAAUUCCCGCACAAAUAGAGAGGUCUCACCAAGUUCCCCCUCUACAGUCCCUCCACUAACUACUCAUUUCAUUCAAACAUCUUCUGACCAAAACAGUGAAACAACACCAACAGGAACCAGCACAACUCAUCUCCUGUUAAGUACCCUGGAAACAUCUACAACAAUGUUCUCAUCGACAGAGCAGCAAACUACAUCUAUUCCGACAGUGACACCCACAGGGAAAAUUGAAUCAACAGUGUCAACCUCAACACCCACCACAAAUGGAGAAACAAGACCUACCAAGACUGAUGAAUCGACAACAACAAUUAAUUCCCGCACAAAUACAGAGGUCUCAACAAGUUCACCCUCUACAGUCCCUCCACUAACUACUCAUUUCACUCAAACAUCUUCUGACCAAAACAGUGAAACAACACCAACAGGAACCAGCAUAACACAUCUCCCUUUAACUAACCAAGAAACAUCUACAACAAUGUCCUCCUCGACAGAGCAACAACCUACAUCUAUUCCGACGACAACACCCAUGGCAACAACAGAAUUAACAGCCUCAACCCUUUCCACAAAUGGAAAAACAACUACCAAGACUGAUCAACCGACAAAAACAAUAAUUUCCAGCACAAAUACAGAGGUCUCACCAAGUUCAUCCUCUACAGUCCCUCCAUUAACUACUCAUUUCACUCAAACAUCUUCUGACCAAAACAGUGAAACAACACCAACAGGAACCAGCACAACUCAUCUCCCUUUAACUAACCAAGAAACAUCUACAACAAUGUCCUCCUCGACAGAGCAACAAACUACAUCUAUUCCGACAGUGACACCCACAGGGAAAAUUAAAUCAACAGUGUCAACCUCAACAUCCACCACAAAUGGAGAAACAAGAACUACCAAGACUGAUGAAUCGACAACAACAAUUAAUUCCCGCACAAAUAAAGAGGUCUCACCAAGUUCACCCUCUACAGUCCCUCCACUAACUACUCAUUUCACUCAAACAUCUUCUGACCAAAACAGUGAAACAACACCAACAGGAACCAGCACAACUCAUCUCCCUUUAACUAACAAAGAAACAUCUCCAACAAUGUCCUCCUCGACAGAGCAACAAACUACAUCUAUUCUGACAGUGACACCCACAGGGAAAAUUGAAUCAACAGUGUCAACCUCAACACCCACCACAAAUGGAGAAACAAGAACUACCAAGACUGAUGAAUCGACAAAAACAAUUAAUUCCCGCACAAAUAGAGAGGUCUCACCAAGUUCACCCUCUACAGUCCCUCCACUAACUACUCAUUUCACUCAAACAUCUUCUGACCAAAACAGUGAAACACCACCAACAAGAACCAGCACAACUCAGCUCCCUUUAACUAAUGAAGAAACAUCUACAACAAUGUCCUCCUCGAUAGAUCAACGAUCUUCAUCUGUGACGACGACAACACCCAUGGCAACAACAGAAUUAACAGCCUCAACCCUUUCCACAAAUGGAAAAACAACUACCAAGACUGAUCAACCGACAAAAACAAUAAUUUCCAGCACAAAUACAGAGGUCUCACCAAGAUCAUCCUCUACAGUCCCUCCACUAACUACUCAUUUCACUCAAACAUCUUCUGACCAAAACAGUGAAACAACACCAACAGGAACCAGCACAACUCAUCUCCCUUUAACUAACCAAGAAACAUCUACAACAAUGUCCUCCUCGACAGAGCAACAAACUACAUCUAUUCCGACAGUGACACCCACAGGGAAAAUUAAAUCAACAGUGUCAACCUCAACAUCCACCACAAAUGGAGAAACAAGAACUACCAAGACUGAUGAAUCGACAACAACAAUUAAUUCCCGCACAAAUAAAGAGGUCUCACCAAGUUCACCCUCUACAGUCCCUCCACUAACUACUCAUUUCACUCAAACAUCUUCUGACCAAAACAGUGAAACAACACCAACAGGAACCAGCACAACUCAUCUCCCUUUAACUAACAAAGAAACAUCUACAACAAUGUCCUCCUCGACAGAGCAACAAACUACAUCUAUUCUGACAGUGACACCCACAGGGACAAUUGAAUCAACAGUGUCAACCUCAACACCCACCACAAAUGGAGAAACAAGAACUACCAAGACUGAUGAAUCGACAACAACAAUUAAUUCCCGCACAAAUAGAGAGGUCUCACCAAGUUCACCCUCUACAGUCCCUCCACUAACUACUCAUUUCACUCAAACAUCUUCUGACCAAAACAGUGAAGCACCACCAACAAGAACCAGCACAACUCAGCUCCCUUUAACUAAUGAAGAAACAUCUACAACAAUGUCCUCCUCGAUAGAUCAACGAUCUUCAUCUGUGACGACGACAACACCCAUGGCAACAACAGAAUUAACAGCCUCAACCCUUUCCACAAAUGGAAAAACAACUACCAAGUCUGAUCAACCGACAAAAACAAUCAUUUCCAGCACAAAUACAGAGGUCUCACCAAGAUCAUCCUCUACAGUCCCUCCACUAACUACUCAUUUCACUCAAACAUCUUCUGACCAAAACAGUGAAACAACACCAACAGGAACCAGCACAACUCAUCUCCCUUUAACUAACAAAGAAACAUCUACAACAAUGUCCUCCUCGACAGAGCAACAAACUACAUCUAUUCUGACAGUGACACCCACAGGGAAAAUUGAAUCAACAGUGUCAACCUCAACACCCACCACAAAUGGAGAAACAAGAACUACCAAGACUGAUGAAUCGACAACAACAAUUAAUUCCCGCACAAAUAGAGAGGUCUCACCAAGUUCACCCUCUACAGUCCCUCCACUAACUACUCAUUUCACUCAAACAUCUUCUGACCAAAACAGUGAAACACCACCAAAAGGAACCAGCACAACUCAGCUCCCUUUAACUAAUGAAGAAACAUCUACAACAAUGUCCUCCUCGAUAGAUCAACGAUCUUCAUCUCUGACGACGACAACACCCAUGCACAAAUACAGAGGUCUCACCAAGAUCAUCCUCUACAGUCCCUCCACUAACUACUCAUUUCACUCAAACAUCUUCUGA